UAUGCUCAUUCGACGUUGUGAUCUGGUAGCUUGCGGUUCUCCUCGGUUGCGUUUAAACUGAGCCCCCUCUCGGUAGAGUUUCGUGCGGAAUAACAAGUGAUAUAAAUAGUUUGCCUCUUACAAUGGAGCGGUACCUUCGUUUUUACAUCAAAUUCCAAGGGUAUAUGAUCGGUGCGCUGACGCUGCUGCUGUCUGUGCUUUUGACUUUUGUCAUAUACGACUCAACCAGCUUCACCUAUCCGCUCGAAGAGUAUUAUGACUACCGCUUCAUGGGUAGUUCGGCGCUGGUCCUUGGUGCAUUCUGGUUCUGCGCCGGAGUAUCGUUUAUAUACGGUGUAUAUCACGAAAUCAAACAGUGUCUGCUACCGUUCGCGAUACUGUACCUGAUGGAUCUGUUCCUGAUGGCACUUCGGGACCUUGUCAUGAUCUGGCACGAUCGGCGCUGGUACACGACGUUAUUUUUAAACCUUCCAGCUGCAAUUGUGGCGUUGUACAUCACCACCUAUUUGUUCAUGACGCUCAUCGCACUGUCGCGGCUGUUCACUACGGACCCGAAACCACAGCGGGGUGAUAACUUUAUGCGGUUUAACAACGGCAUCGCCAAUCCGGCCGCUGUCGACGAUGAGGCUUCGCUCGUCGUCGCAUAACGCUGUCCGGUCACGCUGCGUAUUAUCGGUUAGGCUUAUGGUAGCCGACGCAAUAGAAGAUGUGCUUCUUAUCAAUGUGCUAUGUAUGCUUGUUUGGUGUUUGUGAUUCUCCGUAUAAAUAUUCCUAAACACAUAGUGUGAAGCCGUCGUUUGAAGCUUCAACAAUCAACACGUAAUCUCGUUUACUCGAAACCCACGAUUCCGCUUUUAAUCAGCUAAAGUCCAGUGAUUCAUUGAGAAUGUCUAUUUGUUUUUGAAAACCAGCAUAACCCAAAUGAUGGU